AUGGUGGUGCUGAAGGGCAUUCCCGCGCUGCUGUCCCCGGAGCUGCUCUACGCCCUGGCACGGAUGGGGCAUGGAGACGAGAUCGUCCUUGCAGAUGCCAACUUCCCCACUGCUUCCAUAUGCCAGUGCGGCCCCAUGGAGAUCCGUGCUGAUGGCCUGGACAUCCCUCAGCUCCUCGAGGCCAUGCUGAAGUUGCUGCCACUGGACACCUACGCAGCGAGUCCGGCUGCUGUCAUGGAGCUGGUGCCCAGUGACAGGGACAGGGGCCUCCAGACUCCAAUAUGGAAUUACUACCAGUCUCUCCUCUAUGAGAAGGGCUGCACGAAAUCGCUGGAGAAGGUUGAGCGGUUUGCAUUUUAUGAGCGGUCCAAAAAGGCAUUUGCGGUGGUAGCCACUGGGUGA